AUGAAUCGGAAUCAGCCAGCCCGUCGCCGAUUUAGUCGAGUCGCAAGCAUUUGGCGAAGCGGUCUACGGAGCAAAAUGUCCAGAGGCGGUGCUGUGGACUUGACCGGCCUAUCCGGGGAGCAGGUGAGCGAGUGGCUCCAAAGUUUCGACACGGUUCUCUGCGACGGCGACGGCACAAUUUGGCAGGAUGACACGGCCAUCGCGGGUGCUCCGGAUGUGGUGAAUGCCCUGCAGGAUCGCUUUGGCAAAAAAGUCUACCUGAUUACCAACAAUGGACUGAAGACGCGUCAUGAGCUCUUUGAACGCUGCCAGCGCCUUGGCUUCCAUUUACCCAGCGACCGACACAUCAUAUCGCCUACGGCGGCCAUCUCCGACUAUCUGGUUGGGAGUCCGCAGUUCGACAGGACGCGACACAAGGUCUAUGUGGUGGGCAACGCGGCCAUUGCGCGGGAAUUAAGGCAGCACGGAAUCGACAGCUACGGAGCCGGAGGAACAGAUGAACUGCCUCCGGGCGACAAGUGGCCGGACUUUGUGGCACGUGAGUUUGGCAACUCAGAAGCGGCAAGGGAUGUGGGCGCCGUGGUGGUCGGCUGGGAUGAGUACUUCAGCUAUUGCAAGAUGGCUCGCGCCUGUCACAUCCUCUGCAGUAAUCCCGACGCCGCAUUCCUUGUUACCAACCGGGAUGCCGUGCACAAGUAUCCAGCCUUCUGUAUCCCCGGUACCGGGGCCUUUGUGGCCGGCAUUGAAGCCUGUUCGGAGCGGGAAGCCCUCGAGAUGGGCAAGCCAAAUCCUUUGGUCCUUGAGCCCCUAACCAAGGCUGAGGAACUACGUACCGAGCGAACGCUUAUGAUUGGUGACUGCCUCAAAAUAGAUGUUGGUUUCGCCAGCAAUUGUGGCAUGCUAUCGCUUCUGGUGGGCACUGGUCGAUAUAGUAAUCUCUCGGAUGUCCAGCGGGAAAAAGACAGGCUUCCCCAGCCAGAUUUUUAUCUGCCCCGGCUGUGCGACCUGCUGCCCCUUUUGUGAGCCAUAAGUCCCAUCGGCUCCCGUACAGCUAUAAACACGUUAUCAACAUCUUAAUUCGACUUUUAUUUGGCUUUAGUUGGUGUGUUUACACAUAGUUGUACAUAUUGUAUCUGCCGGCAAGUAACACUCUCAGAUGGAUACUUUCUUUACAUAUAUAAGAGUGGGUGAAAAAUUGCAGGCCCUGAAAGUUAUCCAUGAACAAACCCAUUUUAAACUAUGUAUUUCGCAGAAUGAAAAAUAGAGUGUGUUGCAAAUAAAUUUAGAAAAACAA